AUGGGUUUGCCGGCACUUGCCUGGCCUGUGUCGUGGGCCGGUCACGGCAUCUCGGGGGACCCGCAUGCAGGCCUGCGAGGGGACAGAGCCUGGGAGUCGGAGAGUGGGAUCCCAGUGAGAGCCGUUUGCAAGGUGAAUGACAGCUGCGGCUUGGGGGGUGGGGGCCCCUGGCCACGAUUUGGGAUACCUGUGCUGGGUGACAGGCAGCAGGACAUGGGAGGGACAUUCCUGGACAGGCAGAUGGUGGAAGCACAGGACCGCAGGGCCAGUCUCAAGGCCUGUGUGGUGUGGACCGAGCUUCUCUGCCUCCAAGAGGCUCUCCGGAGGAUGAUGUUACAGUGUGGCUUCUGCUUCUCCCCUGUUUAUACUCUCCCAUAUAAUCGACUCAUCUGGUGUCAGCACUUUGCCAAAUGGGUCCUGAGCCUGGGAGCUCAGCCAGCAGACCUCCUGAAGGUUUUAGACUUCCACAACUUGCCCGACGGGAUCACAAAGACCACUGGUCUCUGCGCCACGCGACGUUCCUCCAAGGGCCCGGAUGUUGCUUACAGAGUCACCAAAGACGCGCAGCUCAGUGCGCCCACCAAGCAGCUGUACCCCGCCUCUGCAUUCCCUGAGGACUUCUCCAUCCUGACCACUGUGAAAGCCAAGAAGGGCAGCCAGGCCUUUCUGGUCUCCAUCUACAAUGAGCAGGGCAUCCAGCAGAUUGGUCUGGAAAUGGGCCGCUCUCCAGUCUUCCUCUACGAGGACCACACGGGGAAGCCUGGGCCAGAGGACUAUCCCCUCUUCAGGGGCAUCAACCUGUCGGACGGCAAGUGGCACAGAAUUGCUCUCAGCAUCCACAAGAAGAAUGUCACCCUGAUCCUCGACUGUAAGAAGAAGACCACCAAGUUCCUCGACCGCAGUGACCACCCCAUGAUAGACGUCAAUGGGAUCAUUGUGUUUGGCACCCGGAUCCUGGACGAGGAAGUGUUUGAGGGUGAUAUCCAGCAACUGCUCUUUGUCUCAGACCACCGGGCAGCUUACGACUACUGCGAGCACUACAGCCCCGACUGUGACACGGCGGUCCCUGACACCCCGCAGUCUCAGGACCCCAACCCAGAUGAAUAUUACCCGGAAGGAGAUGGUGAAGGGGAAACCUAUUACUACGAGUAUCCCUACUAUGAAGACCCGGAAGACCUGGGGAAGGAGCCCACACCCACCAAGAAACCUGUGGAAGCUGCCAGAGAAACCACAGAGAUCCCUGAGGAGCUGACCCUGCCCCCUACAGAAGCCCCUCCUACGCCUGAAACCAGCGAGGGGGCCGGGAAGGAAGAGGACCUGGGCAUCGGAGACUACGACUACCUGCCCAGCGAAGACUACUACACACCGCCCCCUUACGAGGACCUUGGCUACGGCGAGGGCAUGGAGAACCCUGACCAGCCUACCGAUCCGGACGCGGGGGCGGAGCUUCCCACCAGCACCUUGGGCACCUCCAAUGCCUCCAACCCGGCACUGCCUCCCCGGGAGGGUCAGGAUGACUUGGAGGGGGAGUUCACAGAAGAAACCAUCAAGAACCUCGACGAGAGCUACUACGACCCAUACUACGACCCCACCAACUCCCCAUCAGAGAUUGGACCAGGGAUGCCAGCAAACCAGGACACCAUCUAUGAGGGGAUUGGAGGACCUCGGGGCGAGAAAGGCCAGAAGGGAGAACCUGCAAUCAUCGAGCCAGGCAUGCUCAUCGAGGGACCACCUGGCCCAGAAGGCCCCGCCGGUCUUCCUGGACCUCCGGGAACAAUGGGGCCCACUGGCCAAGUCGGUGACCCUGGAGAAAGGGGUCCCCCUGGACGCCCUGGCCUUCCUGGGGCCGACGGCCUGCCCGGCCCUCCAGGGACCAUGCUCAUGCUGCCUUUCCGGUUCGGAGGCGGGGGCGACGCAGGCUCCAAAGGCCCCAUGGUCUCAGCCCAGGAGUCCCAGGCACAAGCCAUUCUCCAGCAGGCCAGGCUGGCAUUGAGGGGACCAGCUGGCCCGAUGGGUCUCACAGGGAGACCUGGCCCCGUGGGUCCUCCCGGGAGCGGAGGUUUGAAGGGCGAGCCGGGAGACAUGGGCCCUCAGGGUCCCCGUGGUGUGCAGGGCCCGCCUGGCCCGUCAGGGAAACCUGGAAGACGGGGUCGGGCCGGAAGUGACGGAGCCAGAGGAAUGCCCGGACAGACUGGCCCCAAGGGUGACCGCGGUUUCGACGGCCUGGCUGGUCUGCCGGGCGAGAAGGGCCACAGGGGUGAUCCUGGUCCUUCCGGCCCGCCAGGACCUCCAGGAGAGGAUGGAGAAAGGGGUGACGAUGGAGAAGUUGGGCCCAGGGGGCUGCCUGGAGAACCUGGACCACGUGGUCUGCUUGGGCCAAAGGGGCCCCCAGGCCCUCCAGGACCUCCCGGUGUGACGGGUAUGGAUGGCCAACCGGGCCCGAAAGGAAAUGUGGGUCCCCAGGGGGAGCCUGGCCCCCCAGGACAGCAGGGUAACCCAGGCGCCCAGGGUCUUCCAGGCCCCCAGGGAGCCAUCGGUCCUCCAGGAGAAAAGGGCCCCUUGGGUAAACCAGGCCUCCCAGGUAUGCCCGGUGCCGACGGACCUCCGGGGCACCCUGGCAAAGAAGGACCUCCAGGAGAAAAAGGAGGUCAGGGUCCUCCUGGCCCUCAGGGUCCGAUUGGCUACCCAGGUCCUCGUGGAGUCAAGGGGGCAGACGGCAUCCGAGGUCUGAAAGGCACAAAGGGCGAGAAGGGUGAAGACGGCUUUCCUGGCUUUAAAGGAGACAUGGGCAUCAAGGGCGAUCGGGGGGAGAUCGGCCCACCUGGUCCCAGGGGAGAAGACGGCCCUGAAGGCCCCAAGGGUCGUGGAGGUCCCAAUGGUGAUCCUGGUCCCCUGGGACCCCCUGGGGAGAAGGGAAAACUCGGAGUCCCAGGACUGCCGGGGUAUCCUGGAAGACAAGGACCAAAGGGCUCUAUUGGAUUUGCUGGAUUUCCUGGUGCCAAUGGAGAGAAGGGCGGCAGGGGAACACCGGGGAAGCCGGGACCACGGGGACAGCGAGGCCCGACGGGUCCGAGGGGCGAAAGAGGCCCACGUGGCAUCACUGGGAAGCCUGGCCCCAAGGGCAACUCUGGGGGCGAUGGCCCGGCUGGCCCUCCUGGUGAACGGGGACCCAACGGACCCCAAGGACCCACGGGGUUUCCUGGACCAAAGGGCCCUCCGGGGCCUCCGGGCAAGGACGGGCUCCCAGGACACCCUGGACAGAGAGGCGAGACCGGUUUCCAAGGCAAGACCGGCCCUCCAGGCCCCCCAGGUGUGGUCGGCCCACAGGGUCCCACAGGAGAAACAGGUCCAAUGGGCGAGCGUGGUCACCCUGGGCCCCCCGGUCCCCCCGGUGAACAGGGACUCCCAGGCCUGGCUGGGAAAGAAGGGACAAAGGGUGACCCAGGCCCUGCCGGCCUCCCUGGGAAAGACGGCCCUCCGGGAUUACGCGGCUUCCCUGGGGACCGAGGACUUCCUGGCCCCGUGGGCGCUCUUGGACUGAAAGGCAACGAAGGCCCCCCUGGCCCACCAGGCCCCGCGGGAUCUCCUGGAGAGCGAGGACCAGCUGGUGCUGCUGGGCCCAUAGGAAUUCCAGGGAGACCUGGGCCCCAGGGACCUCCAGGGCCAGCUGGAGAGAAAGGGGCUCCCGGUGAGAAAGGCCCGCAAGGCCCGGCUGGCCGUGAUGGUCUGCAGGGUCCUGUGGGGCUCCCAGGUCCUGCUGGCCCUGUGGGACCCCCUGGAGAAGAUGGAGACAAGGGUGAGAUCGGAGAGCCGGGACAGAAAGGAAGCAAGGGAGACAAGGGUGAACAGGGUCCUCCUGGGCCUACAGGUCCCCAAGGCCCCAUCGGACAGCCAGGACCCUCCGGAGCUGACGGGGAGCCAGGCCCUCGUGGCCAGCAGGGCCUAUUCGGUCAGAAGGGUGACGAAGGUCCCAGAGGUUUUCCGGGACCACCAGGCCCAGUGGGGCUGCAGGGUUUGCCGGGGCCUCCAGGUGAAAAGGGAGAGACGGGAGACGUGGGCCAGAUGGGGCCCCCGGGUCCUCCAGGGCCCCGAGGACCCUCCGGAGCUCCAGGUGCCGAUGGACCGCAAGGGCCUCCGGGUGGAAUAGGAAAUCCUGGUGCCGUGGGAGAGAAGGGUGAGCCUGGAGAAGCUGGUGAGCCUGGCCUUCCAGGAGAAGGGGGCCCCCCGGGACCCAAAGGAGAAAGGGGAGAGAAGGGCGAGUCGGGCCCAUCUGGUGCUGCUGGACCCCCUGGACCCAAAGGCCCUCCUGGAGAUGACGGUCCCAAAGGCAGCCCCGGCCCGGUGGGCUUCCCUGGUGAUCCCGGACCCCCUGGAGAGCCUGGUCCCGCGGGUCAAGAUGGUCCCCCUGGUGACAAAGGAGAUGAUGGUGAAGCUGGGCAAACGGGAUCCCCCGGUCCUACUGGUGAACCAGGUCCCUCUGGGCCUCCAGGAAAACGGGGUCCCCCAGGACCUGCAGGCCCUGAAGGCAGACAGGGAGAGAAAGGAGCAAAGGGAGAAGCUGGCUUGGAAGGCCCUCCUGGGAAGACUGGCCCCAUCGGCCCCCAGGGGGCCCCUGGGAAGCCUGGUCCUGACGGCCUUCGAGGGAUCCCCGGCCCUGUGGGUGAACAAGGUCUCCCGGGAUCCCCAGGUCCGGAUGGUCCCCCUGGCCCUAUGGGUCCCCCAGGACUCCCUGGCCUCAAAGGAGAUUCUGGUCCCAAAGGUGAAAAGGGUCACCCAGGCCUCAUCGGGCUCAUCGGACCUCCAGGCGAGCAGGGUGAGAAGGGCGAUCGUGGUCUCCCUGGUCCUCAGGGAUCUUCAGGUCCAAAGGGAGAACAGGGUAUCACUGGGCCUUCUGGCCCACUCGGGCCUCCAGGGCCCCCUGGCUUGCCGGGUCCUCCCGGUCCAAAAGGUGCUAAGGGCUCCUCGGGUCCAACUGGCCCAAAGGGUGAGGCAGGCCACCCAGGACCCCCCGGCCCACCGGGCCCCCCGGGCGAGGUCAUCCAGCCCCUGCCAAUCCAGGCGUCCCGGACACGGCGAAACAUUGAUGCCAGCCAGCUGCUAGAUGACGGGAAUGGGGAGAGUUACUCAGACUAUGCGGACGGCAUGGAGGAGAUCUUUGGCUCGCUCAACUCCCUGAAGCUGGAGAUAGAGCAGAUGAAGCGGCCCCUGGGCACGCAGCAGAACCCCGCCCGCACCUGCAAAGAUCUGCAGCUGUGCCAUCCUGACUUCCCCGACGGUGAAUACUGGGUAGAUCCCAACCAAGGAUGCUCCAGGGAUUCCUUCAAAGUUUACUGCAACUUCACGGCUGGAGGGUCAACGUGCGUCUUCCCCGACAAGAAGUCAGAAGGGAGUAAAAUGGCCCGCUGGCCCAAAGAGCAGCCCUCCACCUGGUAUAGUCAGUACAAGCGGGGUUCCCUGCUCUCCUAUGUGGACGCCGAGGGCAACCCCGUGGGCGUGGUGCAGAUGACUUUCCUGCGGCUGCUAAGUGCCUCCGCCCACCAGAACGUCACCUACAACUGCUACCAGUCGGUGGCCUGGCAGGACGCGGCCACAGGCAGCUACGACAAGGCCAUCCGCUUCCUGGGCUCCAAUGACGAGGAGAUGUCCUACGACAACAACCCCUACAUCCGCGCCCUGGUGGACGGCUGUGCGACCAAGAAAGGCUAUCAGAAGACUGUCCUGGAGAUCGACACCCCCAAAGUGGAACAAGUGCCCAUCGUGGACAUUAUGUUCAAUGACUUCGGUGAAGCGUCACAGAAAUUUGGAUUUGAAGUGGGGCCGGCUUGCUUCAUGGGCUAGGAGCCGGGAGCCCCGUCUCCUGAGAGCAACCUCGUGACCUCAGCACGCCGUCGUGAGUGUCCCGUGCACGUUCCGACCCCGGACAGUGAAGGUUUCUCGCUCCCUUCCCGCCCCCGACUUCCUCUGCGCCCCGGCACCACGCGGCGCGGCGCGGGACCCCACGCCCAGAGAACAAAGGGAAAGAAAGAGCCGCGUCCCCACCCCACCCGGAGCCGAAUCACAUGACCUAGCUGCACCACAGUGCCUGGCCCUCCCCAAUGCUGCUCCGUC